GGCGAGUCCUUGGCUUUACAAUGGCCAAAGAACCAACAACGAAACGAAGGCAGCGACGACACCAGCAUCCGACGAUAACGACGACGACGACGAUGCUGCGUGGAGCACGAUGCUUAUUGGGCGACGUUUUUCGCUGCUCUGGCAGCGAGACGACAGUGUGAAUUUGUAACUCGAGAGCGACGGAACGAUUGCGGCUAAAAAAAAGGCUCGGAUUUUUGCAAAUAUUUGCCCCAAAGUGGAGGCAACAUACACACACACAUACACAAAAGUGCAGCAAACAGCAACAGCAACAAUAAAAGUGUUCAGCAACAACAACAUCAUCAUCAUCAACUUCAUCAUCAACGACAACUACAACAAUAAAAGCAACACAAAAGGAUAUUUUUAGAAGGCUGCAACAACUGCAGCUGGCAAUUUCAACAUUGGAACAAAAGACUUUGUUCCAUUCAACGUUUUUGUGUUUUUUGUUUUACAUUUUUUGUUGUUUUCGUUUUCGGUUUUGUUUUUUGUGUUUUUGGCACAACUGAAGCAAUUAACUGAAAAUGUAGCGCUGCCAAAGGACAUGGCCAGAGUGGAACAGCAAAUGCGAUGCCAUGCAACGACAAGCAUAAAUAAACUUGGCAGAUUCCGUGAUUAGGACGUGGUGUACCCAAGCGCUCUAAAUGCAGACGAUAUGGGCACAACAUGGCCUCAGCACAGAUGCGACAUUUCUAUAACACACCAACAACAACAACAAACAAGUCUACUUCUAUCACAACACGCCAACUCUUACAACAGCAGCAGCAACUACAACAACAGCAACAGCAACACACGGCCAACAACAGCAAACGGAAGCAAUUUGAAAGUGAAACGUUUCUGUGCCACACAACAACAAAAACAACAACAAAAGCAGAAGGAGCAGCAACAGGAGCAACACAAAGCAAAUUGGAAGCAACAUGGCAGCCACUCACGCCAGCAACACUCGAACCAGCAACGACAGCAACUGCAGCAGCAGCAGCAGCAGAAUCUGCAAGAGCAACAGCAUCAGAUGAUGCACAAGCGUCGAGUGGAUGUGAAAAAGGUGCGUCAAAUUGGUUAUGGACAAUACAUGAGAUUGCUGCCGGCAGCAACAGCAAUAGCAGCAGCGCCAAAAUGCUGCAACAGCAACAACAGCAGCAGCAGCAGGAACUGCAUCAGCAAUAUCCUGUCGCAAGUUCACAUGGUGCUAAUUGCAAUGACGACAGCGACGUUAUUGGCACUUGCGUUGCGGGAUGGCAACACAUUGCUGUUGUUACUGUGGCUGCCACUGUUGCUCUUGGCCAUGCUAAGCAAGUUGUCCACGACAGCAACAGGAGUGAGUGCACCACAACGACAGCAACUAGCAACUGUAAGCCAGCAAUACAAUCACGCUUAUCUUCCAAAACCAAAUACGGCCAAGGUCAGGACACUGCAACAGCAACAGCAACAACACGAACAACAGCAACAGCAACAACAACAUCCACAACAACAGCAACAGCAAGCAAACAACGAAAAAUCUAUCAACACUGCACAAACAAUGUCGCUGCCACUGCCCUCGGCUCACGGACUGUCAAAAUCUUUAUGGAUAUGCAAAAAUUUGCACGCACUGUAUUUCCGCUUGUUAUUGUCUUCAAUCUGCUACCUUUGUUCUAUGCAGAAUGUGAUCAGACGUUUGUGUCGCGCAUUGGCGGGCCACAGAACGGCAGCUUCACGGCGCCGCUGCUGCACAACCAUCGCAAUCAUUCGCGCCAAUGCCUCUACACAUUCCUAGCAGGACCUGGACAGCGCGUCGAAGUAGUUUUUAAAUCCUUUAAUUUAAGAGGAAGUCCGCCAGACGGUUCGGCCGUCGGUGAAUUACCAAGCUGUGUUCAUGAGUACAUGGAUAUCUACUCGGAGGUGCAAUCGUCCGAACCAGCGGAGCUGAUCAAUUCCCCAUUCGGCGGUCGCUAUUGUGGUGCCAUUCCGCCGCGUCGUCGCAUUUCCAUGUACCGCGCCGUUGCAAUUUCAUUUUUUAGCAACAAAAAUGUGUCGACCGAUCUGUUCGAGGGCACGUUUAGGUUUAUAAAUGCAUCGGAAUAUGAAAUUGGCAUACCCAUUGCUGGGUCGCCAUGUUCCUACACGAUAACGCCUAGCAUGAGUAUCAAUAAAACUGGCGCACUCAUAUCGCCAACCUAUCCAGGUGCCUAUCCGAAGGAUAUGUCAUGCACAUAUCAAUUUCUUGGUGAAUCGAAUCAAAGAGUUAGAUUAGAGUUUCGUGAUUUUGAUCUGUUUUUUGGUGGACCACACUGCCCAUUUGACUAUGUGAAAGUGUACGAUGGUCCAGACAAUUCGUCAGCAUUAAUCGGUACAUAUUGCGGACAGCAAAGAAACUUAGUAUUGUAUUCGAGCGAAUCGAGCCUUUUUGUUCAUUUUUAUACCUUACCGCGCACCGCAAAUACGCAAAAUCGUGGCUUUAAAGGAAUUUAUGAAUUUAGCGAAAGUUUUGUUAAAUUAGAUUUUAUACGUGAAAAUGAUGGCAUUCACAUACGUGGCUCAGAAUGUGAUCAAAAGAUUUUAUCGAAGAAGGAAUCCACUGGCUUUGUGCUCUCACCUAACUAUCCCUAUCCAUAUAUACCAAAAACUGUGUGUAGAUAUUUCAUCUAUGGCAUGCAGGAUGCACAGCAUCUGGAGCGUGUACGGCUCGAGUUUAAUUCUUUCAACAUACCCAAAAUGGAGCACAAAGACAAGAGCGAAUCCAACUGUACUGAUGGCUAUCUGAAAAUCUAUCUAAAGGGACAGGAGACUGCCGAUGCGUAUGACAAAUUUGAUUAUGAGCUGUGCGGCAAUGAGACGCAGCGUGUGAUCAGCGAUGGUCCACGCUUGGCGAUGGUGUUCAGUUCGGGUGAGCUGCAGGGGCGUGGCUUUAAGGGCAAAUACACAUUCGAGACGGAGUAUAAAAUACCCGGCACUGCGGCACCGGAUGGCACCUGCAGCUUCACGUAUGUGAGCAGCUCGAAGAAACGCGGCGAGCUAAACAGUCCACGCUAUCCCUCCAACUAUCCGUCGGACACGAACUGUUCCUAUCUGUUCUUGGCCGAGCACAACGAACAGGUGACCAUUGUUUUCGAUCACUUCAAGAUCAAGGCGGACAACAAUGCGAAUGCCACAGCCGGUGCUUAUGGUUCCGGCGCCUGCUUUGAGGAUUGGCUGGAAAUGUAUGUGGUGUAUCGGGACAACAAUGAUCGCCUGCUCGGCCGCUAUUGUGGUUUGACAGCACCCGGACCCGUUGAGAGCCCCCGGGGUGCGGUUGGUCUGCGCAUCACGUUGCACACGGAUCAGGAGAGCGUGGCAAGCGGCUUCAAGGCGCGCUAUUUCUUCGAGUCGGCCAAAUCCGAUGCCGGCGACUGUGGCGGAAAUUUCAGCAACGAGGACUCGGGCAUUAUCACUUCGCCUAAUUAUCCCGCAGGCUAUAAAGCACCUGGACGCGGCAUGGCCUCCAAUGCCUGCAACUGGGUGAUGACUGCACGUGCCGGCUACAAGCUGUCGAUUAACUUUGAGCAGUUUGCACUCGAGGGCGAUCCAGCAGGUCGAGGCUGUCCGGCGGCUGUGCUGCGCCUGUGGGUGAAUGUGGAUUCAGAUCAGCCGCCAGUGGAGUUGUGCGGCGAAAAGCCCCCCGUCGAGCAGUGGCAUUAUAUAUCCACAGGCCAAACGGCACGCAUCAGUUUCACCACCAGCGACAAGACCGUUGGAGCACAGGGCUUCCGCAUUGUAUGGACUGAAAUACAGGAUUCGGGGCCGGGUCCACCAUCCAUUGGGCUGCUCUGCGAGUCCACGUAUCACUUUCAGUGCGCGGCAGGAUAUUGCAUAUCGGACAAGCUGCGCUGCGAUGGCGUCAAGAACUGUGGGCCCGGCGAUGAUAGUGACGAAUUGCAUUGUAUCACGGAAGCGGCAGAGGAGGAUCACGACGUCCUAAUUAUAAUAACACUAGUCGUCGUCUUGUCCCUAAUCUGUCUCCUAUGCACACUCUGUCACUCCAGAAGAAAACGUAGAAAUCAUGUCCGUCAAUUGGGUUUACAUCGGAAUGCGCAUUACGAUUCGCAGACGAGUGCUACAGCUGGUCUUAGCUCUAGUCGGCGGCAUUUGCAGAGCGGUGGAGCGAGCAUUGCCGGAAGCCUGCACGGCAUCAAUAGUGGCACCUUGAUCAUUCCGCCUGCCCCUCUUCCACCCACCAGCGUGCCACCGCCACCUCACAUUUGUAUAGCCGGUGUGGAUAUGGUGCAUGGUCUAAUGUCCAACGAUGAGGAUGACGACGAUGAUGACGACGACCUCGAGCUGGAUGAGGAGGAUCAACUGGCUGCGGAUAUAUUUAUAAACGAUGUGCAUUUCGACGAGGAUAAUAUCGAUCAUGUAAACCAAAUGGCAAAUGUUUAACUAUGUUUUUGUUUCGGUUUUUAAGCAUUUUUAUCGUUAGUUUCUGUUGUAGAGCGCUUUAGGUUAAGCCGUGUCCUUGCCCAAAGGGGACACUUAAAUGCAUAAAUGCAAAGUGCGAACUGCAAAAACUGUGUGCAGCUAACUGGUUGGAGUAGUUCAAUGUUUACAAAACUACAAUCAGCACAGCAAAUCACAAAAGUAAGCAGAGUAGUGGAAAAUGAAGAUAAAGAUGAUGAUGAGAAUGAAGUUGAAGUUGAAGUUGAAGUGGAGGAUGAUGAUGAACAAGAAGAUAAAUUCAAAAGUUAACAAUACCUAAAAGACGAAAAAUUAUGCAAAAGUGCGAAUUGAUUAAGAUAUAAAUUUAAUAAGCUAUAGACAAGGCGCAAAACGUAAACGUAAUAAACAACAAAAAAUAAGUACAGUAGGGCGAUAAACAUUGUAGUAGCGAUAAACGAUGAAAUGAUGAAUCGAUUAAACGAUAACAACAAUGACGACAGGCAACAAAUAAUAAUUACAUUUAAAUAUACAUACAUGCAUACAUAACUAUAUUAUACACAUAGCGACUACGUAUGACAGAUAAAGGUAAAAAAUAAAAUAAAUAAAUGAAAAGAAGAUAAACCACAAGGCUUGAUGAGAGGAGACGGAUCGAUGAAGACAGACAGACGUAGAUGAUGACAAAGACGAAGACGAAGAUGAAGAUGAAGAUGAUGAAAAACCAAGCGGCGAUUAUGUGUCAGCAUUUUCUUAGCCACAGGUGACCGCAAAAAGUUGUUGAUUUUUAUAUUUGAUACGAGUAAUAUUUAGGUGAAGCAUAAAUUGAAUUAAUUAUACAACAAUACCAAAAACAUUCACAAAUAAAUUCAAAUUGCAAACGAGCAAAAAAUAUGAACAAUUUGCUUAUAAUAAUGGGCAUAAAACAAUAACAUAAAUAAAUACCUAUAUUACUAUACCUAUAAAAAACCUUAACAGCCGCAAAUAAACUUUUAUUUACACAUUUUUUUACAAUAAGCAAGACACAAACACAUACAUACAUACACACCAUACACACACAUAGCAAUAACUGAAGUUAAAGCAAGUUUAUAAAUUGAAGUUUUUAACUAAAAGAAAUAAGAAACGAAAACAAAAGAGAAAAAAUCAACAAAUACAUUACAAACAAAAAAUAAUGCAUAAAUAAAAUGAAGAAUUAGUGACUAUCAAACCUGUAUCUUCCAGCAAAAGUUAAACGCAAAAUUCUUAAAUCGAGAGAUCUGUAUAAAUAAAAACGAAUAAAUAAAUUAAUUCAUACAAAUAACUAAAAUCUAGUAGCGCCAUUCGACGGGAGCUGCUAAUUUCCAAAAUAAAUUCAAAAGAUUUUUGUCUAUUUAAGCACAUUUUUAUAGACAUUUAAUGAGCGAAUGUUGCAGCUACAUUAAGAUACAACAAAUAUUUAUAAAAAUGUACACGCUAAAGAGAACGAUAAUAAAAACUUUUACAGUAAAUUAAAAUCCAAAAAUUAAUACUGAUUAGAAAAUAAAAAACAUAAAACAUUUGUGCCAAGUUAAGAGAAUCAAUUAGUUGUAUUAUUUCUCUUCCAUUUUGUUUAAAUUAAGUUCAUGUAUUCCGUUACUAUUUACCACACUAUAUUCUAAGAAAAUGUAAUUAUGUUAACUAUUAUCCAUUAUUUCAUGUUAAGUUUUAGUUAUUUCUAAUAACAAUAAUACAAGCAGAGAAAUUUGACAAAACAAAAAGAAAAAAUAAAAUAAAAUUAUUGGUUUCAUAGCGCUCGUACGUUUUGCAUAAAAAUAUUAAAUUAAAAUAUAAAAACAAAAACAUUAAGAAAAAUGCUUAAAUAAUGAGGAAAAUUAAAAACAAGUUUAACGUAAAGAAAAAUCAUUAAUAAUAACAAAAAAAAAAAACAAGUAUGUAGGUGUUUAAUAAAAUAUAACAUAUAAAUAAAAUCAAAUACAUUGAACAAGUAAAACGUUGUUAAAUUGUUGCAAAAUGCAUAAAGAUCAACUAAUUCAUAAGAAAUAAAAAAACAAAAACAAAUUAUUUUUAAAUAUUUGCAAAAAAAUACAAAUGAAAUGCAUAUUUAGUUUAAGUGUAUAAAUUUUGUUGUUGUAUGACAUUAAAGUGAACCCAAUUAAAUUAGUUAAUUAAAAAAAAAUUGAAUUUGUGUUCUAGCAAUAAAAAUGAAAAGUAAACUAAAAACCAAAACCAAAAAAAAA